AGUGAUUCUGUGAACUCUGUGGAAGGACACUCGGAGCCAUCCUGGUUUAAGGACAUAAAAUUUGAUGACAGCGACACAGAACAAAUUGCAGAUGAGGGUGAAGAUAAUUUAACUAAUUCCGCAAGUCCUAGCAAACGCACAUCAGUCAGCAGCUUCCAGUCUGCUAUGGAUAGUGAUUCGGCCGCUUCCAUCAGCCUCAAUGUGGAGAUGGACAACGUCAACUUCCACAUCAAGAAGCACUCCAAGUACCCCCAUGUACCCCCUCACCCUGCUGACCAGAAAGAGUUUCUUCAGUCUGAAGACGGAGGUCAGCAGAUCAUUUCAAUUAGUGACGCUUUCAUCAAAGAAUCUCUAUUCAAUCGACGAGUGGAAGAGAAAUCUAAAGAUUUACCCUUCACUCCUUUGGGAUGGCAUCAUAACACCCUGGAUCAACUAAGAGAAGAAAAUGGUGAAAAACAGGCAAUGGAGAGGCUACUGUCUGCCAAUCACAGUCACAUGAUGUCCCUAUUGCAGCAGCUUCUAUAUAAUGAAUCACUAUCUCUUUCGUGGCGUGACAUCAUAGUGCCACUAGUUUGCCAAGUGGUUCAGACUGUCCGACCUGAUGUCAAGAAUGAUGAUGACAUGGACAUCCGCCAAUAUGUUCACAUCAAAAAAAUUCCAGGGGGAAAGAAGUCUGAUUCCAUGGUGGUAAAUGGAUUU